UGAGUGACAGAGCAAGAUUCUAUUUCCAAAAAAAAAAGUCACUAAGGACCCGCCAGCAUGGGCCAUGAUCGCACCAAAACCGUGAAGAAGGCGGCCCGGGUCAUCAUAGAAAAGUACUACACGCGCCUGGGCAACAACUUCCGUACAAACAAGCGCAUGUGUCAGGAGACUGCCAUUAUCCCUAGCAAGAAGCUCUGCAACAAGAUGGCAGACUAUGUCGCGCAUCUGAUGAAGCGGAUUCAGAGAGGCCCAGCAAGAGGUAUCUCUAUCAAGCUGCAGGAGGAGGAGAGAGAAAGGAAAGACAAUUGCGUUCCUGAGGUCUCAGCCCUGGAUCAGGAGAUCAUUGAAGUAGAUCCUGACACAAAGGAAACGCUGAAGCUUUUGGAUUUUGGCAGUCUGUCCAACCUGCAGGUCACUCAGCUUACAACUGGGAUGAAUUUCAAAAUGCCUUAGGGACCUGUUUGAAUCUUUUCUGCAAUGCUGUAUUAUUCUCAAUAAACUUAGGACAACAGCCAAAAAAAAAAAAAGAUAAUCAAAAUGCUCUAAUGGUAUACUUCAAAAAUCAAACACCAAAAAAGAAAAA